CUGUUGCUGUAGCUACUUCCGGCAACUACAGUGAAGAAGAAAUGGACCGUUUGGUUGAGGAGUUGUUGUCGUGACCCUCUUGUUUUUGUAAUUGAUAUAAAGUCAAAAAGCCGCCACAACGCAACAAAAAAAUAACCGGUCAGGGCUUCAAUUGCAUCUAACCUGCACGGUUUGCGAAAUAUCGUUGGACACACUGGGCUUUGUAACUAGCUAGAUAUUCCCAUAGCCAGCUAGCGUUAGCUACAAUUGCUAGCUCUAGUACACCUUUGGGUCUGUGAGGAUGGCGGAGGAGGAAGACGAAGCUGGUUUUGACGAGGAUUUGGAUGAUGGGGCGGUUGGAGCCGAUGGGAACCACGGCAAAAGGAAAAGGCUGUUCUCUAAAGAACUUCGGUGUAUGAUGUAUGGAUUUGGAGAUGACCAGAAUCCCUACACCGAGUCGGUGGACAUCCUGGAGGACCUUGUGAUUGAGUUCGUCACGGAGAUGACACACAAAGCCAUGUCCAUCGGACGCCAGGGCCGUGUCCAGGUGGAGGACAUUGUUUUCCUUAUCCGGAAAGAUCCAAGGAAGUUUGCCCGAGUGAAAGACCUCUUGACGAUGAACGAGGAGCUGAAGAGAGCCCGCAAGGCCUUUGAUGAAGCGAACUAUGGCUCUUAGGGCCUUUGAUAGAGGGAUUUGGCCUUCACUGCAAAUACACACCUUCUUUCCCUUUUUUAAACUUUUCUUUCACAUUAUCCAAGCUGUUUAUUCUGCUUUGAUCAUUGGACAUGUUUUUUUUAAUGAUUUAAAGUUGUUGCAGAUGUGAACAUAGAGAUAGUGUUCAUUGACCACCAACUUGUGACUAAAGAUAUGUUUGUGCUCAUGUGAAAUGCUUAUGCCUUCUACAGACAUCUUUCUAUUUUUAUUUAACUAGGCAAGUCAGUUAAUAAAUUCUUAUUUACAAUGACGGCCUAGGACUAGGGGCAGAAUGACUGAUUUUUUUACCUUGUCAGCAUGGAUUCGAUCAAGCAACCUUUAGGUUACUGGCCCAAUGCUCUAUCCACAAGGCUACCUGCCGCCCCAUUAACAUACACACAUCUAAUACUAGAAAGUAGUUGUAUUUAUCGUAUACUGUGCUGUAUCCACAGAAGGACAUCACAUUGCAGUAUCAAUCAUUAGGUCCUGUUAGGAAAUGUCUCUUAGGUGAGAAUUGUUGUCCUGUUUAUCAGUAAGGAUAGUGACACAAUGGUGGAAUGGACAUUUCUGAAUAAAGUAACUCCCAAUCCUUGA